UCUAUGGGUCGAAACGUGAUGCGAUGAAUCCGAGAGAGACCGAAACUGGGACGAAGAGUGCGGCGGAAGCGGCGGGACUCCCAAGCAUGGGGGCUUCACCACAAUAGAGGCAGCGCCCCCACCCGCCCCCGCCAGCCCUCCGGAGCGAAGCCCCCAAACCCCCUCGGGAAAAGGAUGGCGGCGGCACCUACCCAGAUCGAAGCCGAGCUGUAUUACCUGAUCGCUAGGUUCUUGCAGUCCGGACCCUGUAACAAAUCCGCUCAGGUGCUAGUGCAAGAGCUCGAGGAGCAUCAGCUGAUUCCGCGCCGCUUAGACUGGGAGGGGAAAGAGCACCGAAGAAGCUUCGAGGAUCUGGUGGCAGCCAAUGCACACAUUCCUCCAGACUACCUCCUUAAAAUUUGUGAGAGGAUUGGUCCCUUGUUAGAUAAGGAGAUCCCUCAGAGUGUCCCUGGGGUACAGACAUUACUAGGUGUUGGUCGGCAGUCUCUGUUACGGGAUGCCAAAGACUGUAAGAGUACACUAUGGAAUGGGUCUGCCUUUGCAGCUCUACACAGAGGCAGACCUCCAGAACUACCUGUAAAUUACGCGAAACCUCCAAAUGUGGUGAAUAUCACCUCAGCCAGGCAAUUAACCGGAUGUAGUCGCUUCAGCCAUGUUUUCCCCUCAUCUGCUUACCAGCAUAUUAAGAUGCAUAAGAGAAUCCUGGGGCACUUAUCUUCUGUCUACUGUGUAGCAUUUGAUCGAAGCGGGAGGCGAAUCUUUACAGGUUCAGAUGACUGUUUGGUGAAAAUCUGGGCUACAGAUGAUGGGCGCCUCCUUGCUACACUGCGAGGGCACUCUGCUGAAAUCUCUGACAUGGCCGUUAACUACGAAAAUACUCUCAUUGCUGCAGGCAGCUGUGAUAAAGUUGUGAGAGUAUGGUGCCUUCGAACUUGCGCACCAGUUGCUGUCCUCCAGGGACAUUCAGCUUCUAUUACUUCCAUACAGUUUUGUCCAUCAACUAAAGGCACAACUAGAUACCUCACUUCUACUGGUGCUGAUGGAACAGUAUGUUUCUGGCAAUGGCAUGUAAAAACAAUGAAGUUUAGGGAUCGCCCAGUAAAAUUUACUGAGAGAUCCAGACCUGGAGUUCAGAUAUCUUGUUCAUCUUUCAGUUCUGGUGGUAUGUUCAUUACAACAGGUAGCACUGACCAUGUUAUUAGAAUAUACUAUUUGGGUUCUGAGAUACCAGAGAAAAUUGCGGAAUUAGAAUCACAUACGGACAAAGUUGUUGCUGUUCAGUUCUGUAACAACGGAGACAGUUUAAGAUUUGUUAGUGGAAGUAGAGAUGGAACAGCAAGAAUAUGGCAAUAUCAACAACAGGAAUGGAAGAGUAUAGUGCUAGAUAUGGCUACUAAAAUGAGUGGGAAUAAUUUGACCUCCGCAGAAGACAAAGUCACUAAGCUGAAGGUGACAAUGGUGGCUUGGGAUCGUUACGACACCACUGUUAUUACUGCAGUGAACAAUUUCCUUUUGAAAGUUUGGAAUUCUGUCACAGGGCAACUUCUUCAUACUUUGUCUGGGCACGAUGAUGAAGUGUUUGUUCUAGAAGCACAUCCAUUUGAUCAAAGGAUAAUACUUUCAGCGGGUCAUGAUGGGAACAUUUUUAUUUGGGACCUUGACCGAGGGACCAAAAUUCGAAAUUAUUUUAAUAUGAUUGAAGGCCAAGGUCAUGGGGCAGUGUUCGAUUGUAAAUUUUCACCAGAUGGAAACCAUUUUGCCUGCACAGAUUCUCAUGGUCAUUUGUUGCUAUUUGGCUUUGGCUGCAGUAAAUACUAUGAAAAGAUUCCAGAUCAGAUGUUCUUCCACACUGAUUAUCGACCACUUAUCCGAGAUGCAAAUAACUAUGUAUUGGAUGAGCAAACUCAGCAAGCUCCUCACCUUAUGCCUCCCCCAUUCUUGGUGGAUGUCGAUGGAAAUCCUCAUCCUACAAAAUUUCAACGACUGGUUCCAGGACGGGAAAAUUGUAAAGAUGAGCAGCUUAUUCCUCAGCUGGGUUAUGUGGCUAAUGGUGAUGGUGAGGUGGUAGAACAGGUAAUUGGGCAGCAAACCAAUGAUCAAGAAGAAAGCAUUCUUGAUGGGAUAAUCAGGGAGUUACAGAGAGAACAAGACCUCCGACUAAAUAACGAAGGAAAUGUUCCACAUUUUCCAAUUAAUAGAUCAUAUUCUGUUAAUGGUGCUCUGAGUAGUCCAAAUAUGGACAUACCCUCUUCCCCAAAUAUUGGGCUUCGGCGUAGUGGUCAAAUUGAAGGUGUUCGGCAAAUGCAUAAUAACGCUCCUAGGAGCCAGAUGGCCACUGAACGAGACCUCAUGGCCUGGAGCAGAAGAGUGGUGGUAAAUGAAUUAAAUAAUGGAGUUAGUAGGGUGCAAGAGGAAUGUCGCACUGCGAAAGGUGACCUAGAAAUUAGUCUUUAUACAGUCGAAAAGAAGAAAAAGCCAUCUUCUACUAGCCAAAGAAAUGAUCAUCAGCCUAGCUGUGGGCGGUCUUUACGGAGGACACAGCGCAAGCGUCAGCAUACUUACCUAACACGGUCCAACAUAGAGCAUAAUUCACAGGCAUCAUCUCAAAAUUCAGGUGUACGCGAAGAUUCAGACAGCUCCUCGGAGGAAGAUGAAACUGUUGGCACAAGUGAUGCUUCUGUGGAAGACCCCGUUGUUGAGUGGCAAAGUGAAAGUUCUUCCAGUGAUUCAUCAAGUGAAUAUUCUGACUGGAUAGCGGAUGCUGGGAUAAAUUUGCAGCCUCCCAAGAGACAAACGAGACAGGCAGCGCAGAAGAUCUCCAGCAGCUCUGAAGAUGAAAAGGUGAAGCCCUUAGAAGAUAGGAAAAAGAAGACUAAGCAGACGAGAAAGAAGAAAGGGGGACUUGUUUCUAUGGCAGGCGAACCCAAUGAAGAAUGGUUUGCCCCUCAGUGGAUCUUGGAUACUAUACCACGGCGUUCUCCAUUCGUUCCACAGAUGGGAGAUGAGCUUAUUUAUUUUAGGCAAGGACAUGAAGCUUAUGUGAGAGCUGUGAGGAAAUCAAAAAUAUAUAGUGUUAAUUUACAAAAACAGCCAUGGAACAAAAUGGAUCUCAGGGAGCAAGAAUUUGUUAAGAUUGUAGGAAUCAAAUAUGAGGUUGGACCACCUACUCUGUGCUGCUUGAAACUUGCAUUUUUGGACCCCAUUUCAGGCAAAAUGACUGGAGAGUCUUUUUCUAUUAAGUAUCAUGACAUGCCAGAUGUCAUUGAUUUCCUUGUGUUACAUCAGUUUUAUAAUGAAGCCAAAGAAAGGAACUGGCAGAUUGGUGAUAGAUUCCGCAGUAUAAUAGAUGAUGCCUGGUGGUUUGGAACUGUGGAAAGUCAGCAGCCUUUCCAGCCAGAAUAUCCUGAUAGCUCUUUCCAGUGUUACAGUGUUCACUGGGACAAUAAUGAAAGAGAAAAGAUGAGCCCCUGGGAUAUGGAGCCAAUUCCAGAAGGAACUGCUUUUCCAGAUGAAGUUGGUGCUGGUGUUCCUGUGUCCCAGGAAGAACUGACUGCUUUGCUAUACAAACCCCAGGAAGGAGAGUGGGGGGCUCAUUCCAGAGAUGAGGAAUGUGAACGAGUUAUUCAGGGCAUCAACCACCUUCUUUCCCUGGACUUUGCCAGCCCUUUUGCUGUUCCAGUGGAUCUCAGUGCCUACCCCUUGUAUUGUACUGUAGUUGCUUAUCCAACCGACCUCAAUACCAUCAGACAAAGACUUGAAAAUCGCUUUUACAGGAGAAUAUCAGCAUUAAUGUGGGAGGUACGCUAUAUUGAGCAUAAUGCUAGGACUUUCAAUGAGCCAGAUAGUCCUAUAGUUAAAGCAGCGAAGAUUGUGACUGAUGUCUUACUUCGAUUUAUUGGGGAUCAAAGCUGUACUGAUAUUUUGGAUACUUACAAUAAAGUUAAAGCAGAAGAACUAAACAGCAGUGAUGCAGAGGAGGAUACAGAAAUGGUCGAUUUAGAUUCAGAUGGUCCCGGAACUUCAUCUGGAAGAAGGGUCAAAUGCCGAGGCAGAAGACAGUCUUUGAAAUGUAAUCCUGAUGCUUGGAAAAAACAAUGCAAAGAACUACUGAGCCUCAUUUAUGAACGUGAAGACUCAGAGCCAUUUCGACAGCCUGCAGAUCCUCCUUCUCACCCAGCUCAACAACAGCAAGAAGGAGAACCCUCAGCAUCUGCCCUUCCAGAUAGUCAAGAUCCAUCUCAGUCUGAGGAUUAUCAAGAUGGUAUAGACACACCUAUGGACUUCAGCACUGUGAAGGAAACUUUGGAAUCAGGAAAUUAUGAUAGUCCUCUGGAAUUUUAUAAAGAUGUUCGCCAAAUAUUCAGCAACUCCAAAGCUUAUACUUCUAAUAAAAAGUCAAGGAUCUAUAGCAUGACGCUGAGAUUGUCUGCCUUAUUUGAAAAUCACAUUCAAAAUAUCAUCUCUGAAUAUAAGUCAGCGAUCCAAAGUCAGAAGAGGAGAAGGCCUCGGUACAGGAAGCGCUUGAGAAGCAGCAGCAGCUCACUGUCCAGCAGCAGAGCUCCUAGCCCAAAAGGGAAGCAGAAGCAAAUAAAGUUACAGCCUAAAAAUGACCAGAAUACCUCAGUGUCUUAUGCCAGGACUAGUUCUCCUUUCUCUUCUCCUGUUUCAGAUGCUGCUGAAGGUGUUUCACUAUAUCUACUUGAUGAUGAGGGAGAUGGGCCAUUUUCUCCAUCGAGUUUCAGUGGAAACAGCCAUGACCCAGGAAAAGCCAAAUCAUUUCGUAAUAAAGUUUUACCAGCUAAACAAGAUCACUCCGCUGAUGGGCCUCUUACAAAUGGCGAUGGCAGAGAGCCCCGAACAGCAGCCAAAAGGAAACUGCUCAGUGCAUCAGAAGAGGACGAAAGCAUGGCAGGAGAAGAAAAGGCGAUGAAAGAAACAAAAGAGAAAGCGCAUUUGUCCUCCUCCGAGAGUGGAGAGUUAGGCUCCAGUUUAAGUUCAGAAAGCACCUGCGGCUCCGAUUCUGACUCGGAAUCUACUUCCAGAACAGACCAAGAUUAUGUAGAUGGCGAUCAUGACUAUAGCAAAUUCAUACAAACCAGACCUAAAAGAAAACUCAGAAAACAACAUGCCAAUGGAAAGAGAAACUGGAAGAUGAGAGGCACAGGAGGAAGAGGCAGAUGGGGAAGAUGGGGUAGAUGGAGUAGAGGAGGCAGAGGCAGAGGUGGCAGGGGGCGAGGGGGGCGAGGGAGAGGUGGAGGUGGGGGAAGAGGGCGAGGGCGAGGGAGAGGAGGAAGGGGUGCAUCUAGAGGAGCCACCAGAGCCAAGCGAGCACGUGUUGCCGAUGAUGAAUUUGAUACGAUGUUUUCAGGACGUUUCAGUAGACUUCCUCGAAUCAAAACAAGAAACCAAGGCAGGAGGACUGUUUUGUAUAAUGAUGAUUCGGAUAAUGACAAUUUUGUGUCCACUGAGGAUCCUCUGAAUCUUGGUACAUCCAGAUCAGGCAGAGUCCGUAAAAUGACAGAAAAAGCCAGGGUUAGCCAUCUCAUGGGAUGGAAUUAUUAACAGUUAAUGAAUUUAGAGUAAUUUUUAAGAAUAAAAUCAAUGGCCUUCUACUGCAGGGAAUUUACCAGAAAAUCUACAAAGCAAGUUGUGUGGGGACUUCUGCUUCCUUUCACAUUGGUGCUUUUCCAUUAUGCCAGUAUACAUUUGUUUCAAGACUUUUAAUCUCCACACUUCAUUUGUUCAAACAAGCCUUACUCAUUAGGCCUUAAAUUAAAACAAAUUCUGCCCACACAUAUACAUGUGUGCACAUACACAUGCAUGGACAUGCGCACACAAGGCACGCACACACAUACAUACACACACAUACACACGCACACACACACACCACAGACACACUACAGAUUUACUACAUUAAAGGAGCAUUCUGCUUCUUAAGAGUAGCAUGACAUUUUUAUCUCAAUAAGAUAUCCCUCUUUGCUUUUGUAUCACAGAAGUAUAGCACCUUCUUACAGAGUUUUAUAUAGUUUGUUUUUGCCAUUUUGAUUCCUAUACCCAGUAAUAAUAACUUUUGCACAAUACACCAAUCCUAAAGGCAGCUAUUAAAUGUUUACAGUUUCUAUAUUGUAAGAACGAUCUGGAUUAUUUUACUCUUCCCAGGCCAAACUUUCAUGAACUGUACUGAACUGAAGUAUAUAUUUAUACUGCAGUUUUGGGGUGGGUGGGGGGUAUCUUGAUAUGCUUUUCAUUGAUUUGCUUAAUUCACGUUUAAGGUGAGAAAGGGUUGGUGCCUUGUAAAUAUGUAGCAAAUCUUUGUGGUGUGUCCUGAUGUGUGCAUUAACUUUAUUAAAAGAGAAUACUUGAGGUAUCAAUCUAGACAAGGUGCCAAAUGCAAAAGUUUCUUGCAUCCAUUUUUCUUUUCCUGUUAUAUUUUAUUGCAUUAAUAGAAACUUGUGUAGCUUAAUAGUAACUUAAACAUUUGAAAAAUCCUCAUCCACAAAGAAUACUUCUUUGAACAGUAGCUCAGCUACCUCUAUUAACUACAACUACUGGAAAUGCUAAGGAAAGUAGAUGCUGUUACUCAUUACUAAGGAGAAAUAGAACAAGCUUGGUAGGGAUGAAUACUCCUAAGUUAUAAGCUGAGAAUUUUCAGUAAUCAUAUUGGCUCUCAAAUUCAUAGGUGUGACAAAUUUUCCUAAGUAUUCUAUGCUCUAGGCUUCUGUAGAACAUAUUUAUGUAAGCAGACUUGCUCUGCUUCUUGGCUAUCUCUGCCACCACUUCCUCUUUAACAGCUGUGAGUUACUGCUUUUCAUUUGAAUCUGGAAAGGUAACAAAGCACCUAACUUGAGCUGGCCUAUUUUGGCUAGCUAAUAUUUGGAAUCAACUUUAAUGGGUUCUUCUGUUCUCAUUCCAAAGGGUUCUUCUGUUCUCGACUUCCAGAAAAGAGCCUCAUUGCACUGCAAACAGAUAUAUUGAAUCAUUAUUUUAUAGUUGAGAAAAAAAAUCUUUAAAAUCAUUGAUGGUCUUGUUUACAGCAAUAGAGUGCACAUAGAGUUCCAUAAGUAAGCUUCAGUUCCAAGAUCAAUUGUGGUCCUCAAAUUUGACAUCACAGUUGCGCUACUUCGUCAGAUACUUCCAUUCUUGAAGUGGGAGGGAUAAUAAUUGAUCUCUGCUCUUGUAACAGCAAUUUUGUUGCACUUAAAUCAGACUUGUGUGAUGAAACAUUUUCUUAAUGUACACCUGGUAGUCCAGGAGAUAUCUUAAGCUGACAUGUUUGUCUCAUGCUUUCAAUCAUUUCACGCAUCUGAAAAAUCUGUUAAGUGCAGAGGAAGGAGUGCACACAUAACUUUGCUUUUCGGUGGGGUUGGGGGGGGUUAUUCUUGAACUAAUACCCUUAAGCAAUUUUCACUUGCAGUAGAAAUGAUGUUCAGGCUUUAAGAAAGUAUAAUGAACUGUUAAUGGCACUAAUGUCUGUUGCUAGGGAGCAGACCAAGCUGAUAUUUUUGUUGUUGUUGUUUUUCUUCACCAUACCAAAACAAUUUCUGGUUACAACUCAGCUGCCAUUUUAACCAUAGCAUAGAUUCAACAUGUUCCUAUUUUGAGAGUCUACAUUUGAUUUUUACUAAAACAUACUAUUUCAGUUAUUCAUCUCUUGGGCGUUUAGACUAAAUUGUGCCUAUGUUUUCCUGGAGUCAUUAACGUUUUGUCCUACAACAACCGACAUAAUGUAGUUGCUUAAAUUCCUGGAUAUACCCAAAUAUGUAUCAUGUGUACCAUUUUAGUAUGAGAUUUUUGUUGGCAUUCUUCUAUGAAGAGCUGAGCUCUUGAAGCGUAGAAGAAUCGCCAUUUGUAUGAUGCUAGCUGUCGGGAGCUUUAUUUAUAAUUUAUUUUGAAAAAUGAAAAUGCCACAUUUAUUCCCCAAAUGUCAAGAUUUUCUAGGCUUACAGAAUUAGAAGAAUAAGGCUAAAGACAUUUUUAAGCAUAUUUUCUAUGUAGUGAAAUACUGUGAAAUACUAGUGGGCAGCAUUUUGCUGUGAUGUUGAUUUCAGUUAUUAGAAUUUAAAGAGUUAGUCACCAGGGUAUGUUAGGUGAACAUAGUUAUCAUUUAUUAUAAAACAAACAGAUAAUUUUCUGUUUGCAUGCAAAUUAUUUUCAUAAGUGUGAAUAAAAGUCUGGGAAAUGAUAUUUUUAGUUUUCUAAUCUGGACUUCCCCCUUUCCUCAAUUUAUAUUUUGGGUUUUUUAACACCACUUCCUACAAAUGUGUCAUAAUUUGUAUCAUUUUGAAUACUUUAUCAUUUCAGUUUUCUAGAGAUCUUUUAAACCUAAGUAAGAUCCAGGUUCAGCCAUAGCAAAGAAAUUAGGGAAUGAGUUAAGAAUUCUGCAAAUGAAGACCACUGUUCUGUUUAGGCCCAUGAGAGCAUACACAUGUAUAAGCUUAAUCCUAUGCUAUAUCUGAAUAGCAAGUAAGCUAUAAUAUCGCUCAUAAAUGCUAAUGUUCAGAUUCUAAGCUUUAUGAUCUUAGCAUGUGUAUAUGUUUAUAAAACUCAAUCAUGUGUUCUUCUCUGGCUUGCUGUAUGUACCUCAUCUAGCAAUAGGAUGCUCUCCGAAACAUUGGCAAACCUACUAGCCUAAUAACUAAAUUUGUUUCUGCAUAAGUGUUUGUGUACUUGUAUGUAUGGAGCUUUUUCCAGUUUGCCAUACCUUAUCCCAGACAUUAAAAAAGAGAAUAUUUUAUAUGGAGGACACUGUCUACAAGUUAUUUGACUCUUUAGAGCGCAGCUUGUGCAUUUAUUAAUGCUUAGUCAUCCAUGUCUCUUCGAUAACCAGUUCUGCUUCUGUCAUAUAACUAUGCCCCUCUGUUCCUUUAAUUUGCCAUUUUCCUUGUUUCUUUUUCUCUUUCCCUCACCAGAAAUCAGGCUUAUUCUAUAAUUCAUUCUUACAGUGUUUUGUUUCACCCAGAGGCAGAGCAACUGAAUAAAAUUCCCAAGUUUCAGUCUACACAAUUGAGUCCUCGUACAUCGAAAUUAUGUUUCAGAUAUUUUAAAGUAGAUUGUCAUCGGACAAUACAGUGAUGUAAAGGGAAAGAGGUGAAUACCGCUCCUAACUUUUUAAUAAAGCUUUUUUGAGCAUUUUUUAAAUUUUCUAAGUUUGUGGCAGUGAUAUACACCAUAUGUAUAUAUAUGGAACCAUUUUAUGCACAUUUGCCAACGGGUACUUAUCUUUAAAGUUGAAGUUUCAUGAAUUUUCAUGCCCUUAAAAGGGGGUCCUAAAACAUGUGAUUUUUCACUACUAUUUGAUGCCCAGCCUUUUCAGCAAUUACAAUAACAUUUGAAAAUCUGAAAUUAAUAGUUCCAGUGGGAAGGAAUAAGACUUGAUAUUUAAAAGCCUUUUAUUUAAAUGCUAACCACAUUCCACAACCUCUUUGUGGUACGAAAGGCUUUAUGAGUGUUUUAUUAAAAUAUUAUUAGAUCAUUUUAAAGCUCAUUUAAAAAAUUAUUAGUAAAAUAGUUGCAUCCUGUUUUUAUUUUGCCUCUCUUAACAAAGAUUUUUUUUUUUUACCAAGUGUUAAUUUAUCACAUUUACAAAGUUUGGAUUAAAAUCCAAUAUAAAGUUAAAUGAUUUCAUGGUGCUGUAUUUUGUGGAACAUGGAUAGCACUCAGGUUUCUUACUAUUUAUUCCCUGAUAUAGUCUUAUCACCUUGAGUACUCCUUGUCUCACCUUUCCUCUUGGACUCACUCUUAUCUCCACUUCUCUUUCUAUAACGAAGACUGCACUUAAUGUAGCAUACUUCAACCAGACUGGAAAUUUUGGAUUGAUUUCUGAGGGAAGUACAAUAGAAUGGCCCUGCAGUUUAGAGUUAAGUUGUGUUUAUUUAUAUGUAUGCCCAUUUCUUAUUCUUAUACCUAUCUUAAUUAAAUCUAGAAUAUGGGACUUAGACAUAUAAAAGCAUGGUAAUUAUUUUCUAAAAAAUAAAAUUAAUGACACAUAUUGAGAUCGCCAUUAGUAAUUUUACUUUUAAAAAUCCCAUAUCGAAAUACCUAGAAACCCAGUUGGAAAAUGUGUUUUUUGCAUAUGCCACCAAAUAUACAUUAGGCAGUACUACAAAUGUUAAUUCUUUAAACAAUGCUGUGGUGAUGGCAAUCAGUAAUUUAUUUCUUUGUUCUGUAACUUAUCAUCCUUGUCUUUUGUAAUCCUUUACACAGUAUUAACAAAGCUGUACUUUGUGUUUGUUCUUAGUGUCCAUAAAUUUUAAGAUGGAAAAAACAUUCAUUUAAUAGUUGAUGUGAUGCUGUAUAUGGGCAGAAUGUCCAUUAAACUAAAAUUCAGUGGGGAAAAGGUAAACAAAACUGGCUUGGUUUAUAAAAGAUGUUUUGUUUGGCAGUUGUUGGUCAUUAUAAGCAAUUACCUUCAAAGACAAAAAAAAAUACUGGACUAAUUUGUUGCCAUUCUUUAUGGGAUGUUUACAAUAAAAUUCCAAGUUGUUUGGAA